AUGGGUGCUGCAAAUACCAUACCUACAGAUCAACCUUUAACAGAUGGAAACACCAUCAUUUCAUCAGGUGGAAAGUUUGAGUUGGGUUUUUUCUCCCCUGGUACUGGUACAUCCAGGAAACGAUACCUUGGAAUACGGUUCAACAACAUACAGACAGUGGUAUGGGUUGCUAAUAGAGACAAUCCAUUCAAUGAUACAGAUGGUAUGCUAAAUUUUACUAGACAAGGAAAUCUUACUCUUCUGAACGGUUCUGGUCGUGUCAUUUGGUCCUCUAGUGCCAUCAGAAGUGUGCAAAAUCCAAUAGCUCAGCUUCUUGAUUCAGGCAAUCUUGUCGUUAGGGAUGCAACUGAUAAUUACUUGUGGCAGAGUUUCGACUAUCCCGGUGACACAGCUUUACCUGGAGUUAAGGUAGGGAUCGAUCUUAAGACUGGUUUUUGUCGUUCCCUCUGGUCAUGGAAGAGCAGAACUGACCCCUAA